AUGAGAGAAAUCGACGAUUUUGUUUUUACAAAUAAGCAAUGUAUUGCUGUCUGCUUAGCGAAAUCCGAAAAAACAACACUAUCUCAAAUUCGACAAUUGCUCAGUCUUGGAAACUCGGAAACCGAAUUUGAUAAUCAACAAUUGAGCCAUAAUGUGAGAGCAUCUUUGAUAGCUACUGGUGUUUUCUUGUUGAGAAGUCAUGGAAAAUUUGCGGAUGAUUUGAUUCCGAUGUUAUUGAAAGCAUUGAAUGCUCUUCCAAAUAUGAAAUGGAUUGAUGAUGGACUUAUUAAUAAACAAGAUAGUAAGUUUAUAUCUGUAAAAAUGCUUGUCUGGAAAUACAUAAAAUGUGAUUUCAGAAGUUCCAAUUCAAGAACAGUUUUCAUUUUGUUUCAAUACGGUUUUAUCUGAUGUCGCUGCUCGAAAUCCAUUUUUUCGUGAACAAAUUAUAAAUGCACAAGUUGAUACUCUCGCCUGUGCUGUUUCGAAAAUCCAUGAUUUGAUCGAAGAAAGUGUUGAACAUCAACAAAAUUCACAUAUUCUCAAACUGCUUUGUUAUGUAAUUGGACUUGUCAGAUCAAUUGGUAGAUUUUCGGCCGAAUAUGAAAAAUCAUUGAUAAAUUUGAUAUUCCCUCUACCAACUGACGUUGUAUCCGAAAAAGAAAAUGUGUCAGAAUUCCGAAUAAAUACAGAUGAAACAAUUGAUGAUUUGGAUGUUGAAAAUGCGGAUAAUUCUCGAUUUGUUAAAUUAUAUAAUAAACAUGGAGCAAGUUUCAAUGUUCAAACUUUCACAGGCGGUUUGAAAUUACCAAUAACAUCACAUGAUUUGGAAAAGUUAUUCGACACAGUUCAAAGAUUAAUGGAACCAACAUUUUUAACAUCAAUUGAUCGAAUUUCAAGUCAAACAACUGAUGUAAAAAGGAACCCAUAUCGAACAAUUUCUGAAACAAUUCAAUUAACAUGUCUUUGUUUACUUCGAGAUGUUUUAUCGCCUUAUGACGUCACGAAAAGAUCCGAAAAUUCACCGAUUUCUGAUGGAUUUGCUAAAGAAGUUAAUGCAUUUGCAACAAAUGCUCUUCAUCGUUUGGAUAAUCCAAAAAGUGAAAUGCAAAUUGCUAUAAAUUCUGAGGAAAUUGGUAGUUUAUCAAGAACAAAGAUGAAUUUACAAGCAACAAUAACAGCAUUACAAUUAAUAACAUGGGCGGCUGUUGAUGACAUUGGUAAGCUAUUUAUGAUAAUUCGAAGUAUUUAUAUUUUUAUAAUUUUCCAGAUGCUGACACAAUUUGUUCUCGCUUAUCACCUCGACUUUUUGUAAAUUCAACCCAACGCUUAAUUGUUUCCCAACUUUCUCUAACUCUUCAAUCAUUAUCAUGUUUGGCAGAAUUGGCUGAAAAAUUUCCAGCAGUUGCGACAGCUACAGUUAUUCCUAUUUUGUCAAGAUUUCUUCUUGAACCUGCUGCAAUGCUCACAAAAUUAGCUUCAGAUUCUGUAAGAUCUUUUAUAAGAGGAAAACUUUUUUUAAAUAAAAGACGAGAUUUUUGCAGACUCUUGAACGUGGAAAAUCGGCAAUGGAUUUGAAAAAUGAUAGGAGAGAUGUUGAUGGAACUGCAAAACGGCGAAAUACAAUGGAUUCGCUUCGAAAUGGCGCGAUUCGAGCAAUGUGUAGAGCACUGAAAUCAUCAAUUCGGGUAGAUGUUAGUUGUGUUGAAGCAUGUCUUGCCAGUUUAUCUUCGAAACUUUUUAUUUGUUCGAAUGCAAAUAAUUUGUGAGUUUUCCUAGGUUCCAAAGGUGUUGAAGAGAAACAACUUAGAUUAACUCCAAAAAAUCUGGGAAUCGUGUUUUUUCAGCGUUGUAUCAUUGGUUUGUGAGAAUGCGAUUCAAACAUUGGGUGGAAUUGGAGUUGGAUUGGUCGAUUCAAAAGCUGUCGAUGUUUCCGACAUGGUUUUGCAGAUCUAUUUACAAAGGUGGGAAAAUGGGGAUUUUAAUUUCAGUUGUAAAAUUUUUUGUGGCAUGAAAUCGUUCCUCGAUAAAUGCAGAAAUUCAUGGUUUUUUAAUUAACAUUUUAGAAAAAUUCAAAUUUCAUUUAUCAAUUUUUUUCAAAGGCCCUUUCAAUUUUUCAGAUUUGCAAAUCCUCCCUCCCAACUCGAUAUUGCUAUGAUCAGAUGUCUUGCUGAAAUGUGGGUUGCUGGAGCUGUAAGUUCUCUCUUCUUUUCAUUUUUUCCCCAAAAACAAUUAUUUCAGAGAAGUAUCAAUGAUAUGGUUUGGAAACUUUUCACUCAAAUUUGCAUUGAAUCAUCCAAUCGAGUUUAUUCGCAAGAUGCAACUGAUUCUCAUGAUCAAAGAUAUACGUUAGUAGAUAUUUAAUAUAUUCUUAUUUAUUAUCUUUAACUUUUUUCAGCCACGUUUCUUUGGCAGUCGAUGUUGCGCUAAGUCGAAUGGCUGAAAAAGUGAAAAAUGAGGAAGAUAAGAUGACACUUUUAGUGCGACUUCUCGAAUUAUUUGUUCAACUUGGAAUCGAAGGUCGAAGAGUUGGUGAAAAAGUGUCGAAAAGCACUGUGAAAGUGAGUUAUUUUAAAAUAUAUCUAAAAUUUCGCUGUUUCAAAUGUCAUUUCAGCUAACAAUAGUGGCUUUAACCACAUCUGUUAAUUCAGUUAAGGUAUAAAAUGAUAUAUUUAUUUAGAAGUGGUUUUUUUGUGAUUUGUUAUAUUUUUGGAAAGCUUUUGUUAAUCAUUUUGUAGAGUUUCGCAUGUUGGAAAUAAUUAUUUUUUAGAUGUCAACAAGUGCUGGAAAUUUGGGAGUUCUUAUGCCGAAAAUCGCAUCAUUGCUUCAUCGAAUGCAACCAAUUGUUCAGCCAUCAACAAGAUUGAAAUCGCUUUUUAGAGAUUUUUGGUUUUAUUGCACAGUUUUGGGAUUUGAUGUGGAAUCUUCAAGUGAGUUAUAUCAUUUUCAGAAAAUAUUAGAAAAUGUUUACAUAUCAAUUUUUUGUCAUAAAGAAUGUGCCCCAAUUUAGAUAUAGGAAAAACUACUGAAAAAAAAAGAAAUUUCGCAUGGAAAUAAAAUUUUAAAUAUAACUUUUUGUUCCAAAAAUGUUAUGAAAUCAGAAAAUUCAGAAGAUUUUUAUUCAAAAUAUAAAAUUUCAAGAUGGGAUUUUCAUACUCCAAAUUCGUUUUUUGCAGGUUUGUGGCCGGAAGAAUGGUAUAAUGCUGUUUGUGAAACAUCUACAAAAACACCAGUUCUCAUCGCUUCUGAAAAUCUUCGUUCCGAACUUAUUGAUAAUGCAGCAAUUCGAAGUGAUUCAAUAAGUCCACAAGAAUUGCAAGAAAUGCGAAAUACCGUACUCUCCGAACUCAAACAUCCACCUGAAGUUGUUCCACUUGUUAAUCGAUGGGAUUUUGCAAAUUGCACAUAUCUUUUAUCAGUUUUGAGAAUGGAAACAAUGCGAGUUGUUCAUUCGCAACAAUUAGAUGUUUUCCAUUUUUAUUUUCGAUAUUUGGAAGAUAAAACAAUUCGAAAAGAUAAAUCUGGAAUAUGGACAUGUCUUCUUGCAGCUGCACCAAAUAUAUUUAAUGAAUAUAUAAGUGAACAGAAGAAAAGGAGAGAUUCAGAUGAAUCAACUGAAAAUACAUUGGUUUAUAAUGCACAAUUUUUGCAUUUCAAAUUCAAUCAUCAUUUGAGAGAAGUUCGAAAAUGCGCGGAUGUUUGUUUAUCUCAACUUGUUGAAAGAUUCCCAUAUCUUUUAUGGAAUUCAACUGUUUUGACAACGAUGCUCCGAUUAUUACAAGGGCUACAAAGUAAUUUGCAAACUGAUCCAACGUGUAAAGAACCACAAUUUGUAUUGAAAGGAUUUGAAUGGACGAUUCAAUUACAAGAUUCUUUAGAUGGAAGAAAACAAGUUGUGAAAGAUUAUUCAAUGAGAGUAAAACAAAUAUUGAAAGAAGCAUUGAAAUGGGCGCCAGCAAGUACACAUAGUAAUUUAUUGGAAUAUGUUUCGAAACAUGGGUCGACUUGUGAUGCAUCAAUGCAAUUAGCACUUGACGCGGCAAAUGAGGGACAAAAUAAUUCGGGAGCAUAUAUGACGUCAUUAUAUAAACGAAGUCUUUAUCUUGGACAAAUUAAAGGAAUGUUGGCGGCAAAAUUGAGUGGAGAAAUUGAUGAAAAAACCGCUGAAACAUUAUUGAUUGAUAGAAUUGAAACGGAUUUUUUGCGGGCUUGUCGAAGUGGAAAUGAUGAUGAAAUGGAACAGGCUGUUUUGUUAUUGACCUCGAUGUUUGUGACAUUGAAAUCGCAAAAUGAUCGGAUACUUUCAUUACUUGUUCGAACACCUUUGUGCAAUUUCACCGAAUCGACAGUUGAAUUAUGCACGAUGAGUUGGAAUUGGUUGUUAUCAGCGAGACCGGAAGUGCAUAAUUCAUUUCUUCAUGAAUUAGCAAGAGCAUUUGCUGAUUCGGCAAGAUUUGGAUUGGGAAUAUUCGAAAAGGAAUCGGAAGAAUUUCGGGUUUCACCGCUAUCAAAACAACUCGAAAGACCACCAAAUCCACCCAAUUAUAAACCACAUCGAGCAUGGAUUCAAUUCAUUGGUGAAAGAUGUGAUGUUGCAUCUUAUUCUUCAAGAGAACAACUUGAUGUUCUAGAAAUGAUGUUUGCACAAUCAUUGUCUUGUAUUGUUGGAAAUGAUCCAAUCGCUGCUUCAUCAACAUUUUCUGGAAUUGCGAACUUGGCGGGACCAAUUAGUGCGAUUAAAAAAGAGAGCCAGAUUCAGAUGACGAGAUGUAUUCAAGCAAUUGGUGUGAGGUUUCGAUUUUUAUCGUGUGCACUUGGAAUGAUUCAAGGAGAAAGUUGUUUAUCGAGAGCUUCGAAUGUUUUGAUUAGACAAAGGGUUUAUGCAUCGGCUUUUCAUUAUUUCACGUGAGUUAAGAAAUUUAAUUAUUUAAAGAGUAUAUUUUUUUGUAUAUUUGAAAUCAGAGUUUUUCAGUCAAAGAUUCUUGAAUUUUCAAAUUUUGGCCACAAAAUGUUUUUUUUUUCUGGCUGAAAAACUGAAGAACAAUUUGGUGAUACCAAAAAAUUUUCAGCACUUUUUGGUUUUAAGAAUUCAGCGGCUGAAAUCUGAAAUGACAAUUUUAAUUUUUGAAUAUUUUGAACCCUGAUACAGUAAUAUUUCUUGGGGAAUUUUGAAUUUUCAAAUUUUGGCACCAAAAACCAAAAAUGUUGAAGUUUUUUGAAGGCCGGAUUCAUAAAGUGUUACACCACAAAUAACUGAAAAAAAUCAGAAAAUUCUGGUUUACCAUUUUUUUGAAUGUGCCCGCAGAUUUUCGAUAAGAAUUUUUUAAAAUAAAAUUCAAAAAUUAAAAUUUUCAUACUUUUUUCCGAAAUAUCAAAAUAAUAUCCGACCUGACCAAAAGAUCAAAAUCAAUCAGCAAAAUUUUCAUAAUCAAAAACAAUUCUAAUUUUUGCAGACUUCCACCUCAAGGACCAAUUCAAUCAGAAGAUGAACUUCGAGAAGAUAUUCGACUUCUAAUUGCAUUUUGGCAAAAUGUAUAUUCAGACGGGAAAUAUAUUCGAAAAGAAAUGUGUGCAGUUACAGAUAAAGAAGCUAUUCUUUCACAUACUUUAGCACAAUCAUCUUAUGAUAAAAGUGAUAGUUUCAAUAAUAUGUAAGCUUUUUCAGUUUUAUAUAUAAUUCAAAAUGUUCUCUUUAGAAAAUCUUCAAAUCAAACCUGGACAAAUAACUCGACGAAUUUAAUGCUACCACAAUCUACAACUUACGCCAACACUCUGACUUUAUCACAAAAAUCGAUAGCUGCAUCGACUUUGAGAGGAGUUAAACCGGCCGAUGGAAAAUUGACUGAAGAGGGAGAAAAACGAGUUCGACGAUUUUUGAAACAACGCAAUUUGAUGUUGUUAUUGAUUGGAAAUGAAAUUGAACGACUUUGUGCUUGGUUGCAUCCACUUGCAUUGGCACAAGAAGAAGGAGCAGCGAUUGUUGAACAAUGGAUUAAGAGUACGCUGACAGGUUCGUGGGGAAAUUCCGAGAGGAGGGGGAUGUGGCAGAUUUUUUAUAAUUUAAAAAUAUUUUGUUCAAAUUGCCAACUCACAGUUCACGCUUCGAAAAAAUUGAAAAUUACUCGAAAGAAAAACGAUUGUUUUCCAAUUGUUAAGAGAUUCAAAUUUUAUGAUAACUUGAAUUUGUUUGUAUCUGAAGUCUUUCAUUGAAUUAAAAUCAAAACUCAAUAAAAAGCCCUAAAAAUGGUUGAGAAGUCUAACUUAAAAUUUGAACAAUUUCAAAAAGUCCAAAAAAAAUGUUCGAAUUUUUUUUUUGAAAUUCUAGAAAGAUAUUUUUAUCGAAAAAGAUUUUUGAUUUUUUUUCCUAAAAAAAUUUAACGGAAUCCUCCUAUCUUCUUUUCCAUUUAAAACGAUCAAUUUGUCAUAGCUAAAAAAAAAUUCAGACGCUCGAACGGAAAGUAAAAUUCUCCGCGAACAAGCUCGUCUUGCUUGGGAAAUAUCACCGGAACUCGCGGUUUAUCUUCCAACAAGAUUCAGAAGUUGUGAAUCGCUUCGAAUCGCUGUUCAACAACUAAUUCGACAACAACCUGAACUGGUUACCCAUAUCCCGGAUGCACUUCCAUUGUUUUUGGGAGAUGUUUCGGUUUUUGAAACUGCUGAUGUAAGAAGAAUUCUAAUUUUUAAGAUUAAUCGAAAUAUUUUCAGAUGUCACAUGUGUUAACAUGGAGUCGUUGUUCUCCUGUAAUGGCACUUUCAUUAUUAACCCCUCGACAAUAUCCACAACAUCCAAUAACAGUUCAAUAUUCGGUGCGAGUUCUUCGAUCUUAUCCAGCUGAUGCUCUUCUAAUGUAUAUUCCACAAAUUGUUCAAGCAGUUCGACAUGAUACAAUGGGUUAUAUUUCGGAAUUGAUGAUUUGGUUAGCUGGACAUUCACAAUUAUUGGCUCAUCAAUUGAUUUGGAAUAUGCAGACAAAUAUGUAUACAGAUGAGGAUAGCAAAAAUAAAGAUCCAGUUUUAUUUGAAGCAUUGAAUGAUAUUAUGCAAAGAAUAAUAUCACAAUUAGAAGGAGCUGCGAGACGAUUCCAUGAAGCUGAAUUCAAUUUAUUCCACAAAUUGACUGCUAUUUCUGGAACUAUAAAACCAUAUCCAAAAGGAGAAGCGAGGAAAAAAGCAUGUCUCAAAGCAUUGGCUGAUAUUAAAAUCGAAACAAUAACUUAUCUCCCAUCAAAUCCUGAAGCUAUUCUUCUUGAUUUAGAUUAUUCUAGUGGAACACCAAUGCAAAGUGCUGCAAAAGCCCCAUUUUUGGCGAGAUUCCGAGUGAAAAGAUGUGGUGUUCGAGAAUUGGAACGAAGUGGAUUAGCUGCACAAUCUGAUGGAAAGAAGAAUCAGGAUUGUGAUUUGGAAGAAUUGAAAAAAGUUCAAGAUAGUCGAGUUUGUUGGCAAGCUGCCAUUUUCAAGGUUUGUCUAUUUUUCUAGAUUUGUUUAAAAUCUUUUUUUUAUUAGGUUGGAGAUGAUGUUCGUCAAGAUAUGCUCGCAUUACAAUUGAUGCAACUCAUGAAAAAUGUUUGGACAGGCCUCGGUCUUCCAGUUCGAGUAUUUCCUUAUCGAGUUGUUGCAACUUCACCUGGUUGUGGAGUUAUUGAAUGUGUUCCGAAUUCGAAAAGUCGAGAUCAACUUGGACGGCAAACUGAUUUUGGACUGUAUGAGUAUUUUAAAACUCAAUAUGGCGAUGAAUCCAGUGAGAGCUUCCAGGUUAACAAUUUCUCUUUUUCUAUAUUUUUAAUACUAAAGUUCAAAAUGUUUAGGAAGCUCGCCGUAAUUUUGUUCGAAGUAUGGCUGCAUAUUCAGUAUUCAGUUUCCUACUUCAAAUAAAAGAUCGACACAAUGGAAAUAUAAUGAUUGAUUUGGAUGGACAUAUUAUUCACAUUGAUUUUGGAUUUAUGUUUGAAAGUAGUCCUGGCGGAAAUUUGGGAUUUGAACCGGAUUUUAAAUUGAGUGAAGAAAUGGUUGCGAUCAUGGGAGGAAAAAUGGAAGCGAUACCAUUUAGACAAUUUGCUAGUUUAUGUGUUCAUGCUUAUUUAGCUGUUAGACCUUAUCAAAAAGUGAGUUUUCUUCUUCUUAUAAUUUUCCUCUAAUCUAAUAUACUCCAGGCUUUCGUAUCACUUGUUUCUCUAAUGCUUGACACUGGCCUACCAUGUUUCCGUGGAAAAACAAUACAACAAUUGCGAGCUCGUUUUGCACCAGAAAUGGGCGAAAAAGAUGCUGCGAAAUAUAUGCAUUCCGUAAUCACAAAUUGCUUUCUUAAUAUUCGAUCUAAAAUGUAUGACCAAUUGCAAUAUAUUCAGAAUGAGAUUCCUUAUUAG